AUGGCCGAGGUCGUCGUAGCCCCCGGGCCUGUGUCCAUGGAGGACCGCACCAUUUCAUGGAAGAAGAUCGGAACGAUCGCCGCAUGUGGUACUGCGCUUUUUGCGGAUGGCUACGUGAACAACUCGAUCGGACCUGUGAACACAAUCCUAAAGAAGCUGUACCCCAAGAUCUACCCCCACAAGCAGCCUAUUGUCACGGCGAUCGCCUUUGUCGGCACUGUUGUCGGUAUGGUGGUCUUUGGCUACUACUCGGAUGCCAUCGGCCGCAAGAGCGGUAUGAUUGUCGCCUGCCUUAUUAUUAUUGUCUUCUCUGCUCUCUCCUCGGGCUCGUACUUCAACGGCGAGACUGGGCCUAUGAUUGACAUGCUCACCGCGUGGCGCUUCUUUACGGGUAUCGGUGUCGGUGCCGAGUAUCCGACUGGCUCGGUCGCUGCUGCCGAGCAGUCGGAAGAGCUUCCCAAAUCGUUUCAACACGCCCCCUUCAUUCUUGCUACCAACCUGGCGCUCGUGAUGGGCUCCGUGUGCGCCAACAUGGUCCCCUUUAUCCUUACGCUGAUCUGCACGGAAAAUCACCUGCGCCUUGUCUGGCGCCUGUCGAUUGGUCUGGUCAUCGUCCCUUGCCUGUUUGUCCUUCCAUUCCGCAUGGUCGUCAAGCAGCCGAAGCUGUACGUCAACGGUGCCAUGAAGCCGAAAAAGACUCCUUACUGGCUGGUGAUCAAGUUCUACUGGUUCCGCCUCACGAGUAUCUCUGUCCUGUGGUUCAUUUAUGACUUUAUCGUCUUUCCCAUCGGCAUCUUUUCUUCGCUCAUUAUCAACACAAUCAUUGGUCAGAAGGCACCCUUGUGGAAGUCCUUCGCCUGGAGUGCCCUGAUUGUUGUCUUUGGUAUUCCCGGUUCCGUCAUCGGUGCUUUCCUCGCAGACAAGAUUGGUCCUAAGCGCACGUUCAUUGUCGGCAUCACGCUACAGAUUAUUACGGGCUUUAUCAUGGCCGGUCUUUUCUCGAGGCUGCACAGCUGUAUCCCGGCCUUUUGCGUCGUCUACGGUCUCUUCCAAUCGUUCGGCCAGCUUGGUCCUGGUGAUAACCUUGGCCUUCUUGCCUCCAAGUCGUGCGCGUCUGGUGUCAAAGGUCAGUUCUACGGUAUUGCCGCGGCGAUCGGAAAGAUCGGUGCCUUUGCCGGAACGUACGCCUUUCCGGUGCUCCAGUCGCACUAUGCUGCGCCCAAGAAUGGCGUCAUCAUCGACCAGCGUUACUACACUGUGCCGUUCUACCUCUUUGCCUCGCUCGAUAUCAUUGUUCUGCUCAUGUUGAUCUUUGUGAUCAAGGAGCGCAGUGCUGAUUGCCAGAUCAAGGAGGAGAUGGAGUUCAAGCAAUACCUUCUCGACAACGGUGUCAACCUCUCGAGCAUCGGUCGUACCGACACGCUUGCCUCGAACGAGACCAUUGUCGAGGACUUUGUCGAGAAAGCCGACCCCGAAAUGGCCGCCCCUCCUGCCCAGGAAUUCGCUACGCAGAAGAACGAGACCGUUGCGCCCCACCCUUAUUAG